GGGCCUGGGAGCCAGCCUAUUGACAUCGACCACCCUCGCCACCAUCCGACAUCCGCCCAUCAACCUCAAGACAAGAUGACCCGUCUAUACGUCAAAGGUCGAGUACUUGGCUACACCCGAGGAAAACGUAACCAGAAGCCAACCUCAUCCCUGGUCCAGCUCGAGGGUGUCUCAAACAAGGAGGAAGCGGCUUUCUACCUGGGAAAGCGAAUCGCUUAUGUUUACCGCGCCCAGCGAGAAAUCAAGGGCUCGAAGGUCCGAAUCAUUUGGGGCAAAGUAACUCGAUCGCACGGUAACUCGGGUGUAGUUCGAGGGAAAUUUUCAACGAACCUUCCUCCAAGAUGCUUCGGUGCCUCUUGCCGAGUCAUGUUGUACCCCUCCCGCAUUUGAAGGCUUCCUAUGUUUCUUCAGCUCAUGGCGGCUCGUCCGGGUGUAAAAACAAAUCAUGAGCAAGAUCGUCGUUUAUUUUCCUGAGACCAGCUUGAAUCGUGGCAUCCAACGGAGCUAUAGUCGUGAACCUGAUUUGUGAUUUCGAGAGAUUAUGUUCCUUUCAAAUACAUUACGACACGGUUGAAAGCCUUCCAAUGACAACCCUAUACAUGCGCUAGAUCUGGUCCGGUGGACUGAAACAUAAUACAAUGAGCCCGCCACUUCUCGAUGAUCUGCACCCAACUAUGUAGAUGGAGGAUUCGCAGCAUCGUCACGGGUUCUUAGAACAGAAUCUUGAAUAAACCAGCAAUUGAAAGUAAAAUCUAGUUGCGGCAGAGCUAAAUUGUUGAUUACUGCUUACAAACUUCAGAAAGCUGUACACAGC